AUGGCUGACUCUUUAGCAAAUCAAAGUAAAAUUCCUAUGGUUGCUAUUACGGUUCAUCCUACUAAAUAUAAUGGUACUCAAGACCCUGAAUCAUGGUUACAAGAUAUUCGUUUCUUUUGUCGUCUUCACGGAAUUGAUGAAGAGGAAGAUAUAGUUUCUUUUUCCAUGUUAAAAGUUGACCCUAUGAUUUAUGUCCCUGAAAAAACUUCCACAUUUUCCGGUUUGGUAAAAGCUUUAAAAUCUCAUGUUACUUAUCCUGUAAUGGAAGCUUCGGCUCUUCAUAACCUUCGAAAAUUGAAAUAUAGUUCAAAUAUGGAGAUGUCAGAUUUCAUAUCAACAUUUCUUUCCUUAUGCCGAAGUGCCAGUGUUAGAAAUUUAGAAGAACAAAAAUCUUAUUUGUUAAAUUCUUUACAUGAUGAUAAUAUAAGAAAUGUAUUAUCAACUAAAUUUAGAAAUGUUGAUGAAUUUGAUUGGGUAAUAAAAAUCUUUCAAGGAAUUUUAUAUGAAUAUCCUUUACAUCAAAUACGUUAUGGCUCUAGAAUCACCAUUAAACAUUGUGUCACCGGUCAAUACUUAUCACAUGGUGAACAUAAACCAAUUGAACCUGGAUCUCAAAGUUCAAGGGUUUAUUGUAAUGGAUGUAAACCUAAAGAAAAUGAAGUAUGGAUUGUCACAUCCCCAUAUAGUGAAAAUAAAUCACCGGGAGAUCCCGUACGUUUCAAUUCUAUCAUUGGUUUAAGUCAUGGAAAAUCGCGUGCAAACUUAUCCGCAUCCGAUGAUCGUGAUGAUAAAAGUUGUAAUUGGGUUGCAAGAAGACACACCACAGAAUCAGGUUAUCAUAAUGACAAUAGUGGUGUUUGGGCGAUAGGUGAUAUCAUCAUUUUAGAACAUGUAAAUAAUAGAUUACCUUUGUACACUCGAGUUCAAGAUUAUGAAGGUAAUCAAGAAGUUGUAUUGGAAGGUGAUGGUUUUGAAGAGAAUAAUAAGUGGUACGCUGAAAUCGUCGGACAAUAA